UCCGGCUUUCUGGUCUACCGCUGGAUUGCUCCUCGGGUGCUUAUGAAUGAAGCUAAGUCAAUAUCACGCGUUAAUAAAUGACAUCUAGUUAGUAAUUUAUUCACCUGAGUAAAUAGUGCAGCGCCAGAUUGAGCGAAGCCUCCGCCUACAUCCCUUGGCUACAGAGGGGGGAGGUGAAGCCGCACGUCCAGGGCUAACAUAACGGCAGAGGCUGGAACUCCCCCUCCCGACUGACGGCAGCUAGGGGGCGCCAGGCCGCGCGCAGCCCUGCGUUGGGAACCGGAAGCCGGCUCUGUGAGCCCGGGCAGGUCGCCGCACCCGGUUGCCUCAGUGUUCUCCUCUGUAAAAUGGGCCGGAGAAGGAAUUGGAGAACCGCUUUAUCAGAAACACUUGCCAGUCUGACCAUUUUGCGCGAUUCCUGGGACCCCUCUCCCGCCGACCUGAGGGCUGCAGUGGCAGGAGCUGCAGGACUCCCUGAAGGACCCGGAGGCUCAGAGGGAGAAGGGACUUUUCGUGGGAGUUGGCAGGGCUGCCCGUAAGGAAAGCAGCCGAGCCCCGCUAACGGCCUUGUCCAGAGUGACGUCGGACGGGGCUGGGUUCGAACUCUGACCCGCCGGUCCCAAAGCCGGCUUGCUGGCCUUCUCCUUUAUUAAAGCCUAACUUCCAGAACGCGGACGGAUAAUUUUCCUACUGACCCCUGCAGAGCCUCGUGCUCCUAGUUUUCCCCUCCCCUGGACAGCAGCUAGUCCAGUACAUGUUGUACGGGUUAAGACCACAAUCUGAUGUUCGUGCGUCUGGGCAAGAAGUCCCUGGUGGUGCUGGACCGGAAGGACCGCCUGGAGCUGGUGAAGCAGGCGCACGUCACCUCCUCGGGCCUGCAUUGCUCCCUGCAGGAAACCAGGAAGAAGGUCUCCUUCAGCUACUACUGGCCCAGCCUUGACCGAGAUGUCACCAAGUGGGUCAAGCAGUGUAGCUGCCGCCAGAAGACGGGUGCAGAGAAAUCUCUGCCCAUCCAGGGGGCCAGCAGCAAGAGCCAGCGCACUAGGGACCCGUUGCCCGUGCUCCAAGUGGAAGCGGUCACUCAGGCUUUUGAGCAGGUGGGCCUGGGCCUGGUGGGGCCCCUGAUGGAGACUGCCAACGGCUUCCGCUUCAUCCUUUUGUCCGUGGACGCUUACUCCCGCUGGGUCGAAGCCUCGCCGUUAAAGGAACAAAACCCCGUGGAAGUGGCCAGCGCCCUGAUCCCUUUCCUCCUCCGGUUCGGGCGUCCCCAGCUCCUGGUCACCACGCUGCGAGUUCCGUUUGUGAGCCAGGUGAACCGGAGUCUCCAUCGCCAGCUCCAGGGCCUGGGGGUGCCCCUUGGCAAGCUGGACAUCAUCGUGUCGGCGUUCCAGCCGAAGAUCAAUAGCAUCUUGUCCCUGACCGCCAGCUCUGUCAGGAGGGCCCUGUGGAACCUGGUGAAGGGGGAGCUUGAGAAGUGGGACCAGGUGUUGGACAGGGCCCUUUUCUCCCUGAGGACGGCCGUGACUAAGAACAAGAGGAAAAGUCCCUUCCAGUUACUUUAUGGCCGCAAGCCCAGGGCCCCCCAGGACGUCCCCUCCUAUUUUGACGUGGUUGCAGCAGACACCGUGGGGGACAGUGCAGGGGCUACCCAUGGGGAUAAAGGGCCCGCCGGGACGGUGGCACAUGCUGCACCAAAAUCCGUGGGGCAGCAACCGAAGCGACAGAUCAUCCGAGAACCCACUCUACAGGUCAUGGCGAAGCCCACCGUGGAGGCCGUCCAGCAGCCCAUAAUGGAGCCCGUCCAGCAGCCCGUGCCGGAGCCUGCCCAGCAGCCCAUAAUGGAGCCCGUCCAGCAGCCCGUGCCGGAGCCUGCCCACCAGCCUAUGUUGGAGCCCUCCCAGCAGCCCAUGCCGGAGCUCACCCAGCAGCCCAUGCCAGAGCUCACCCACCUGCCCAUGCCGGAGCUCGUCCUGCAGCCCAUGCCGGAGCCGUCCCAGCAGUUCGUGCUGGAGCCCUCCCAGCAGCCCAUGUUGGAGUCCUCCCAGCAGUUCAUGUUGGAGCCCUCCCAACAGCCCAUAUCAGAAUCCAGGCAGCCAUCCAGGCCAGAGGGCAUGGGGCAGUUUGUGCACCAGCUCAUACCAGAGCCCAUAAAUCAGCAUAUGUGGCAGCCCAUGCUGGGGCCCAUCAACCAGCCCAUCCAUCAGCCCAUCCAGCAGUUCAUGCAGCAGUCCAUGAUCCAGUCUCUCCAGCAGCCCAUGCAUCAGCCCAUUCAGCAGCUCAUCCUGCAGCCCAUCCAGCAGCCCAUGAUGGAGUCCAUCCAGCAGCCCCUGCACCAGCCCCUAAUGGAGUCCAUCCAGCAGCCCCUGCACCAGCCUAUCCAGCAGUCCGGGCUGCAACCCAUGUCCCAGACCAUGCAACGGCCCGUACCCCAGUGUGUACAGUGGCCCAUGGCCCAGUCUAUCCAGCAGCCCAUUCAGCAGCUCAUCCUGGCAAAACCUAUGCAUCCACCCGUGCCCAGGCUGGCAGAAUGUCCUGUGGUGAGCGGCUGGGACCAACGGACGACCCCCAGCCUCGACAACCCCUGGGAAAAGUGGGAGCCUGGCGGAGGAGCCUUCUGGACUCAAUGGAGGGAGCCUGGCAACUAGCGGGAGAAGUCCAGCUACUCUCUUCCAUUUCUAAAUUCAAUUAGAUGACUAAUCCUUGGGGGUGAGGGUGGGGAGUGGGAAUAGAAAGCGGUCUUGGGAGUGAACCAUAAUUGCUCCCAUCCACAAUGACCCCAAGUCUGGGUCUGGGUAUGAGAACGGGGCUGGACAUCUUGGACAUUGUUACCCCCAUGGCCCAUCCUUCCCUUCAUUUGUGCCGAAUGUUGGGGAAACAGCAACAAAAACAAAAGCCUCUGCCUGCACUGGGCUUAUAUUCUGCUGGGGAGAGUGGAGUUAAAAUGUUCCGUCAAUCAAGAGUUCAUCAGUCCCUUUUUCUGUUCUGCUCCCUGGGCUGCUGGUUCACUGGAGAUUGCAGCGGAGAAAUGGACAGAUAAAAGACGGUGCUCCCAAAAGUCUUAGUGCAGUUUUAAGCUAUUACGACUUUUUAAGAUUUUGGGGACACCCUGAAGAAAAUUGCUAAGAGGGUGGUUGGAUUUGGCAGGGAAGGAAGAAAGCACAAGUUGUGAGACUAGAGACUUCUGGGAGAACACGGCAUGUGAAGUAAAGGGUUUUCUAGGUAGGAGAGACAGCCUGUGCAAAGACUGGUAGGUGGACCUGGAUGGGGGGUGGGGGUGGGGUGUAUGUCUGGACCAACAAUAAAACCACUUUGGGGUCAGAAAGGUGGUUAGAUCCAGAUUGAGGUAAUGGGGAGCUGUGGAAGUUGUUGGAGUAAUAGCAGCUACUCAGAUCAAUAGAUAAUUGGGAUCAGGAAAUAUCUCCUAUAGGAGAUGGUACCUAGGGCAAGUCUUGAAGAAAAGCGGGGAGUGAAUGGGAAGUAAGUUCUAAGCGGGAAGGAUAGAGCCCGUGCAGAGACUGCAGCAAGCGUCCAAUUGAGGGACACGUGCCGAGCAGGUCAGUUUGGCUGGAAGACAGGAUUUGGGUAGAGAAUGCAAAAAGGGGAAAGGGGGGGUGAAUUAGGGGGAGCAGCAGAGACCUAGUCCAUCACUGCUGAUCAUCACAUGAUCUUGUUACUAUUUACGAUGUUCUCUUGGUUUCUGCUCACUUUCCUCAGCAUCAGUUCGUGUAAAUCUUUCCGGGCUUUUCUGCCAUCAGCCGCCCUCAAUAAUCCAUUUUUAUACUGUAACAUAUGUACCAUUUGCCAUAUACCAUAAUGUAUUCAGCCAUUCCCCAGCUGAUGGGCAUUGACUCAAUUUCCACUCCCUUGCCAUCACAAAA